AUGUCUUGCCGGCGCCGUCCAAUCUCCUUUCAGAUUCUCAAAGUCAAUGCCUUGUUGACUGAGAUAAGCUUGUUGCUUGAAAAGGAAUUCUCGCUCCCCCCCCCCCCCCCCCCCCUUCUCCUGGCGCACUUGAGCGUUCUUUUCUAUCUGCUCGCUUAUUUCCUACUCUAUGCGCUUUGGUGUUUUUUCUAUCUACCUACCCAUCCCGUCUUCUUCUUCCUCGUCUUCUUCUUUCUCAUCCCCUAUUCAUUCUCCUUGUCCCACAAUGCGUCAGAUACAAUCCCUAACGUCAUCUCUUCGACUAGUCUCUCGCAGCCUAGAAGAAGUGUGGUGGCUCAAAUCGAUCGAUCGGCCGGCCGAGAGUAUAAUGAAAAAUAUAUAAUACAUAAUGGGGUGCUUUGGGUUGGUGAUGUCGAAGACACGGAGAAGGGGACUGAAGCGAGCCACGACACACUACACUUCUUCCUCUCGCAAACCAAGACCGUCGAAGAACAAGUCCAUUCUGAGAACACACUGCCUCUCGCGAUGCUCAAGAUUGCACUGAGAACGACCGAGCGACUCAACGAUUUGGGCGUGAGAAAAGAAGCGAACAAGACAUCUUGUUAUUCGAAAGCCAAUUCGAACCACCGAAAGCCUGCACACACAAGCGAGACGGACGUUCUGUAG